AUGACGAGUUUUAACUUUGUGAGAAUCCUCUGGUAUUACAAGGUUUUAUCACUGCUUAAACAUGUCGCUGUUGCAGGUAAGCCAAUAACAGAAGUAAAAAUACGUUAUGUAUUAUAGAGACAAGAUAAGAGAUAUUUCAAACACGAAAGGAUCAGAAAAUUUUCCCGUCGUUGUGUAAUGUCUGAACGUCCCAAGUUCUACGCCGGAAAAAGAAAAACAAUUUUAGCAACAAACUGAGCCGGUACUUCUUUGGCUUUAUAUUUUGGAAGAAGCAAUUCUCGCCAGACUUCAUUUUGUCAGGCAAAUUCAACCUUUCAGUAUAAAUAUUAACUUUUUACUAAUAUUAAAUUUUAAUGCCUGCCAUUCGAAUGAGGUAGAUUUUUACAAUAUCAUUUCUUUCGAGCUUCCCUAGAUAAUUUCUCUUUAAAACAUUUAUGAGUGAUUUCUCUCUACCAUUCUCUAUAAAAUCUAUUCAAUUUGAUUGCCCUUGAAGACCUUAUAUUAUCGGAUGUUAACAAUAAUAUUAUUUUUUUUCUGCCCAUGCAUUGCUCAACAAUGCCAAAGGUUAGCAUCCCAGUUGUCUUAUCUGUCAAAUAGAGCGUUAAAAGUUGUUUACUUUUCAUUCCUUCAGUGAUUUCUGGAAUUUAAAUGUUACGAAGCACAAAAGAAAAUCAUUCACCAAUAUAGCAGUUAAACCCGGAUCAAACUCAUUUUACUCAUUUUGCUAAAUCUGAUGAUUUUUUCCCGGGGGCACUCUCUAUAAUGGACUUUACGGGCCGGGGAGGCUUUGCCCGAAAGGGGUACUUUUUUCAGGCUUGUACAGCCGCCCCUGAAAUGAUCCCGACCCCGAAGUGCUCCCCAACCCUUAAAUGAUCCCCAAUUCGACCCCGAGAUGACACCGAUCCCGAAAUGAUCCGCAUCUCUCUUAACGUCGACCCCGAAAUGAUCCCCAAUUAAUUCUUGGAAUGGAAUGGUAUUCCACCACGGAAUUAUUACAAGUCCGUUGCACCGUAUACGUUCUUGAGUCGCAUUUAACAUUUCCGAAUUAUGUGAUUUUUUAGGGCUCUUGUCAUCUAAUUGCCUUUAUGUCUACUUUUGCAUCUUCAACGUCAUAUUAAAAUUUUGAAAAGUGUUAAAACACCAUUCUUAAAAUCAUUAUCCAAGGUAUACAGUUUUAUCAUCAUUUUUAGAAUUUAACAUCUCUCCAGUUUUCUCUAUGACCCGGGCUAUAAUGACCUAAGUAGUUAUGUUACAAAAUGUUAUGCAUUGGAAUGUUUCAAGAUGAAUGUUUUUAAUUUCUUGAUGUUAUCAGAUGCAGCUCAUGGUGUUGCUAAAAAUAUACUAGACUUUAAUUUGUGUAUCAAAUAAUAUUUUCUUUUAAUCCAGUUCAAAGUGUCAUUCCAAAUUAAUUUCAUUAAAGAAUGUGAGCGAGUGAGGAUUACAGUAAAGCUUUAAUUAAUGUUGUGUAUUUUGCUCGAUCCAUAGUUCUAGUGUAUCAUUGCAUUUCUAAAAUUAAUUGGGGAUCAUUUCGGGGGUAAAUGGGGAUCAUUUCGGGGUCGACGUGAAGAGAAAUGGGGAUCAUUUCGGGGUUGAUUUUGGUAUAAUUUCAGGGUUGGGGAUCAUUUCGGGGUCUUUACAGGCUUCAGGUAUCUGAAAGGGUAGGGAUUUAGGCAGUCGAACGAUUUGAAAGAGUAAGAAAAUCUGUCAUAUUCGAUCUGUAAAAAGGCCCCCAUUUAAGGGCUCACAGAUGCAUACUAUGGCUGUGAAAAAGUUGAGGUUCUGGUUUUGUGAUUUAUUCGUUUUUAAAAGACAAACUAGCUGUGUGAAAGGGUACCAUUUGUCAAUAGAAGGUGUACUGAAGGGGUACCUUCUCUGUCAAAACUGCUAUAUAAAAGGGUAAGGAGUUGGACCUAUGAGUGGAGCCUCCCCGUACAAAACUUUGUUGAGGAUCCCUCGGUUGAUUUUAUAUUACUUCUCAGUUGUUUGCGUAUAAAGCGAAUAAGGGCUCGGCAGAUGCGCAGUAAAAACUGUUUGUCUUUACCUUUCUUUCACUAGUAGGGUCGAAAUAGGGUGAGAGUAGAAAUAGAUGAAUGGGAAUUUCUCUGUACGUCCUGGUUUUAACUUAAUAAUCACUGACGUUAUCAGAACUUUCCCCUUUUAUAAUAGGAAACGAAACUAUUGGGACAACAAUAUGCAAGCUUGUUUCAGGUGUUCAGACAGCAGGAACAGCAAAUGAGCGAAAGGGGCGGGGAUGCUUAUCGUCUCCCUAACUAAAUUUUGGGAUUUUGGCCUCACUAAGGGUGUUCUGGACAAAACGCAAUUCUAGUUAGCGGUAAAGGUCUCUUUUAGGGUUGCACACGAAGAAUUAUAUAUAAAAAUAUAUAUUUUCAAUUCUUUUUAUUUACUCUAUUCAUGUAAUCAAAGUUUAAAGUGGUCUUGUUUAGGGGUCAAAAGAAGGUUGAGCCACGCCCAGACUGGUCUCCUUUAGCGGUUUCAUUCAAAAUUUCCGACGAGCAUCCCCGCCCAUUUCAAAUGGAGGCCCCCCCGGCCGUGCAGCCUGUUUCCAGGCCCUCUAAUUGGCUUAUAUACGCACGUGCUUUCUCGAGCCGUCGAUUGAGGAAGUAACAAGAGGCUUAGGCUGCAUUGAGGGCAGGUUUCAUUUUUCCACGUUUUUUCAAGCAAGUGCAAAGUGGGCAUGGAGAGGGAGACAUCCCUAAAGGGGAAAGAGGGGAUAAUAUAUGACUGUUAUUGUUAUGACUGUUCAAGUUUCAUAUCAUGUAGAAAAUAACCAUCAAUACGAAGUACAGGGUAUUUUAACCCAAGUUUUCAGUCUCUAAAAAGAUAAAUAGUCCACAUGACAAAAAGAAAAUUGCACGUCAGCUCGCCAAAUGGAAAUGAAUUUUAACGUUCUCGCUCGUGGCAAGAACAAGAUUGUUUUUGCCACUCAAAAAAAAGAUGCAUAUCUUUUCGCCACCGUGUAAUAUCCCCUAUUUAUCAUGAUAAUUCCACAGAUACAAUAGCACUUAAGUUUGUCACCCAGCCGAAGGAUGUAACAACUGCUGAAAAUACAAACGCCACAAUAUCUUGCGUAGCUAUCGGCUCGUCCCCAGUGACUUACACAUGGACCCAUAAUGGCACAAUGUUGACACUCAGUUCCAAUACUGGACGAUACAGAUUAAUGGGAGCAGAUGGAAAUUUAACCGUUAUCAACGUAACCUGGAAUGACGCUGGAGUGUACAGAUGCAUUGCAAGGAGCAGCAUGGGAUCAGCUCUGAGUUUGAAGGCCGUAAUACGGAUAGCUUGUAAGUACUACCCUUCU